UACAUACAAUUUCUAAUAGUUGACUCUGACCUCCUCUCACAGAUACUUCUUUCUCAUCUAUGGAAGCAUCUUGCAACUCAUUUAUCUCAAUAAAUGUCUUAGACAUGUUUUUGACAAUAUUUGUGACAUUUGGACUUCUCCUUAAUUUCACCCAAGGCUUGGAAAAUCAAGAUGUGGUCUUAAAAGACAUCGUUAUGGACCAUGCUGUAAUAGGAGUCUUAGGAGAGGAUGUACACCUGCGGUGUUUGUACACUGGCACACUGAAUAUCAGUGAUUCCGCCUGGAAGCGCGAGGAUUCAAAUCGUCGAAUAAAGAUGAUAACAGGAUACAAAAGUGGCAAACCAUUCACAAACAAAGACAGCUUCUCCACUCCAGCAUCAAUCACCAAUCUUACUGUGAAAGUGAACAUAAAAAGCUUUGAGCUAGAGGGAAAUUACAAAUGUGUUUUCAGCUCAUUUGAAGAUGAAGUGAUGGAGACAAUGGUCUUUAGAAUUAUGGCUCGACCCCAUGUGGAAACCCACGCAGAGGAAGAAGUUCUGAAUGGAACUCAUUAUCAAACGGUCUUCUGUUCAGCUUCUUAUGCCAAGCCCACUGCAAGUCUCUACUGGGAUAUUCGUGGGGCACCACCGGAUAAGGACAUUUUCUCCAUCCACAACACAAGCUCCCAACUGCCAAAUGGCACAUUCAGUAUUGUCAGCAUGUUACGUUUCCCUAUCCACUUGAAUAAUGAGAGUAGUGUUGCCUGUGUGAUUCAGCACCCAGCUUUGACUGAACCUAGCACAACUGUAAUACAGUUACAGACAUUUGUUUCUGCAAAUGUAACCAUGGAUGUGGCCCUGCUUGAAAAAGAAGGAAAAGUCUUCCUUGAGGUCUUUUGCAGAGCAAAAGGAGGGAGGCCUCAUCCAUCAAUCACCUGGAUCCAACCUGAAUCUGCAGACUCAUCAUGCUCUGCUAAUUUCACAACAUUUGAAUCAGUUUCUAGUUCUCAAUGUUUCCCAUUAGAUGGAUAUGAGGGUACAAAUAUCACCUGCAUUUUUGGUUACCCACAUCUUUCUGCCAUUGAGAGAACUGUUAUGAUGCCAACAUACUAUCUCACCUCUCUUCAGCUGACAAACAACAGUAUUAAGGUGAACCAUUUAAACACUUCUGAUUUGUUGAUAUUAGAAGAGGAAGACAGUGACAUCAGAAUCAGCAUGGAAGUGUUGGGAAAUGUUCCAAAAUAUAUAAUUAACUGCACAAAGGAUGGUAACCCUCUGUCAGAGGAUCUGAAUGUGGUUGUCAGUGAUCUCAUGAUUAAAGGUCCUGUUGGGGCAAUUCAUGCAGGCCAAUACCAGUGCCAAGCCUCCUACUACAGACAUACAGCCUCUUUACAGUUUGAAAUAGAAGUGAAGCCCAGAGUCAAAGACCCAGCUCCCAUACAUGUGACACUGCUCACCAACACAACUUGGGUGAAUGGGAUUCAGUAUAUAGAAGUGAAGUGCAUGGCAGACAAUGUGUCUCCUGGUGCUAGUAUAACUUGGGAAACAGGGGACUGCAGAAGUGCCUCUGAGCCUCAAAAUGUUGUGUCUGGAAGUCAGCAGGAGGACAGUGUGGUAUGGAACAUGGCACGGCUCCCACUUUAUUCUUAUGCAGGAUGCACCUUAAUUUGUGUGGUGCACCAUGAUGGGUUAAAGAAUCCGGUACAAAAGAGCAUUCACAUCCCUUUAAUAGAACCACCCAGAAGUUAUGUGAGAGUUGAUUUACAGAAAGACUCCACACAUUGGGCUGCUGUAUGUGAAUAUGAAAGUGAUGAAGAAAUUACCAACAUCUCCUGGAUCAUUUCUGAUACCAAUACAGCCACACCUUUAACUAUAAAUACCACAAGAGAGGGCAGUAAAGUGCUAGUCACAUGCAUUUAUAAAUUUGAGCUGUGCCAGCAUGAGGGAAAAUUCUUAACAUGUGUGACCCAAAAUAAUUACGGGGAAGUUAAAAGGAAAGCCAUACAUGUCCCAAAUUUUUUUAUCUCAUCUAUUGUGGUUUUGAACAAAACUAUUCCACUGCAUGGGAGACAUGGGCAACAUACUGCUGUGCACAGAGUGGCAUUAAAAGAACAUAUUUCCAAUCAGAGGAUAAUUUUUAAAGUUAAUGGAAAUGCAUCAGCAUGUGAUAUCAAAUGCUUCAGAUCCAAUGGACUUUCUGCACACACUGAUGGUAUGGCCCUGGUUUUUGCUCAGCAAGUGUCAGAGAGUGAUGCUGGUUUGUACACAUGCAGAACAUCAUGGUACAAUCACAACGCCACAGUCAUGGUUCUGGUGGAAAUAACCAGUAAGGAAAUCCAGAGCAUGAUUCUUAUCCUGAUCUGUUUGUCAUCUGCUGUUGCAAUCUCCCUCAUACUGAUGGUCACACUCUGCAUAUUCUGCAAAAGAAAUGGAGAAGCUCACUCUUCAACACAGGCUUGGAAGAAGCGUGAAUCUCUGGCUGCACUUAUGCAGGACCCACGUUCACCACAAUUCAAGAAGGCCGGAGGGCAGGAUUAUGCAGAGCUUGUGCACUACUCCAUAGUGAUUGAUGUGAAAAGCACAGUGUAAGGGAAAGGUUUGAGUAUUCCAAGGUCUGAAAUGUGAAUAGAUUUUAAAUAGCAGCAUGCUACUUUGGAGUAAUAGUAUAUGUAUUAAAAUUUAAAUCUAAGCUUUAAAAAGGAUUCAUCAUUACUAUUAUUUCACUUCGAACUUCCUUUGUAUUGUACUGUCAUCUUAUGUUUUAAAAUGAUCAUGUUUUGUUUGGUGUGUGACAUGAAUGAACUCAUUAAAAGAUUAUAGUGUGUUCUUUA